GAGUAGAAUCUGCGGUCAGGCGUCAGGUGAAACUCGCUCUGUGACGGGAAAAGGGGGAAAGAUAUAAAAAACGUACUUCGUCUGAACUUUCAGGGAAGUUUUUUUUAUGCUAUUUAUGAACUUAUUAACCAAAGGAAACUUUUAAUACUGCAGACCAACACGCCACAAGAUGAAGAGCCUCAAGUAUCGACUGAAAAAGCACGAAGUUACCAUCACUAACACAGACUGGAACAAGUAUGACGAUCGGCUGAUGAAGGCCGUGGAACGGAGCGAGGCGGACAAGGUGGCUGCCGUUCUCAGCAAGAAGGGCAUCAUCCCCACCAAGCUCGACGUGGAAGGACGCUCGGCGUUUCAUUUGGCUGCAAUGCGAGGAUACCUAGAAUGUCUCAAUCUCAUCCUGGGACACGGCGCUGAUGUCACUGCGACUGAUGCCACUGGCAAAAACGCUCUUCAUCAGGCUUCAAGAAAUGGGCAUUCUCUGUGUGUGCAGAAACUCUUGCAGAACAACAGUCCAGUUGGAAAUGUGGACCUACAAGGAAGAACAGCUCUUCAUGAUGCUGUCAUGGGUGGCUGCUCCUCAAGCGUGAAACUUCUCUGUGACAGUGGGGCUUCUGUGAAUACCACUGAUUUCGAUGGCAGGACACCUCUGGUGCUGGCAACCCAGAUGUGUCAUCCACGCAUCUGUCAGCUGCUGCUGGAGCGAGGGGCUGACAUCACCAUCCGGGACAAACAAAACAAGACGGCGCUGAUUCUGGGCUGCGAGUACGGCUGUAAGGAUGCAGUGGACGUGUUGCUGAAGAGCGGCACCGACGUGAAGGCGGUAGACGGCUUGGGUCACGAUGCGUUUCACUACGCUCGCCUCAGCAAGAACCUGGAGCUCGUUGCCAUCGUCAAAAGUUACCUCGACAAAGCAACCAGAGAUAAAGAGGCCACGAAGAUGGAGCAGUGGAAGCGACAGCAUUCAGUGGAGAGGUCAGAGGCAGCUGAGGUUAGCAGAAGGGAUCAAAUCAUACAUGACUUGGAGAGGCAGAAUGAGACCCUGCAGGAAAGUCUUAAGAAGUACCACCAGGAUCAGAGAGCCUUGUUGGAUAAAGUCAACGUGCUGCAGCAACAGCUCACACAGGAAAAGAUCACUGUGGAAGACGCUCAAAAAGAGAAGGAUCAGUUGAAGAUGUUACUCAGUUCCAAAGAGAGAGAAGAAGGAGCUCGAGGCCAGGAGACUGUCAAGGUUCAGCUCCGGAGUACUUUGGGAGACUACUCUGGACAGUCUGUUAUCAAAGGUAAAGAAAACAUUUUGGUCAAACAAGCUCAAAGCCUGGACUCUGAACGGAAUCCUGCCCUGUUGCGUUCGCUGUCUCGAACUCCAGAGAAGAGUCAUCCCACUGCAGGCUGGGACGUCUCUGGCGAACUCGACGCCCUGCUACGUGAACUCGAGGCGGUCAAGAGAAGACAACAGGCAGCGGACGAAGAGACGGCACGACUUCAGACUGCCCUGAACCGUAAGAACCGAGAGUGCCAAGAGCUGGUUCUUAGCCGAGAAACCAUCCAGAAACAGGCUGACCAGCAGGUUCAAGAACUGGAGGACGCCUUGGGGGACGUCCAGAAGAGGAUGCUGGAUUCUGAGUGUAAGGUCAAACAGCUGCAGGCCCAUGUCGUCGCCGUUAAGGAACACUUAGGGGGCCAGGCAACAGAAGAGCUGCGCUCUCAGCUCCAAGAUAUCAAGGCCAAGUAUGAAGGCGCUUCGGCCGAAGUGUGUCGCGUUCGUAACCGCCUCAAACAGAGCGAGAAGGCUUUGGAGGAGUAUAAGAGCAGCGAGAACCAGCUGGCGCUAGAGGCAGAAAAGCUGAACCAAGAGCUGAGCGCUGCGAGUGCGGACAGAGAUGAACUAGCAGAAACCCUUCUAGAAAUGGAAAGCCACUUAAAAGAGACCCAGACUAAACAUGGCAACACAGUGCCAGCUGAGAAGUUUGACAACAUGAAAAACCUGCUGAGCAACGCAGUUGAUGAGAAGGAACGGCAGAUCGCUGAGCUGAGGGAAGACUACGAUCGCGUGCUGGAGGAGGUGGCAGACCUCCAUCGAAAGCUGGACAGUCCGUCAUCCCAGGGAGGAUCGGGGGCGAAGUCUGCUGAGGAGCAGCAGAGGAUACGGGCAGCCUUCGAAGAGCAGAACGCUUCUUUGAAAAGGAAACUGACCGAUGUGACGGCCAAAAGCCAGGCUCUAAUUCAGGAGGUGGAGGAGAGCGAGGAGGAGAGAGAUAUACUACGAGAGCAGCUGGAUGAGCUCAACGGCAGGAUUGAGAUGGACUACGUUCCCAUGACGGCGCACAAUGAAGCCCGGAGGAACAUGGAAACGGCGUUGGAGGAGCUGGAGGACAAACUGGUGGAAGCCAGCGAACGUUACGGAAAAGCAGAGGCGCAAGUCCAGCAGCUUCAAUCCGAGAAGCCAGCGCUGCAGGAGAACAUCAGCAGUCUCCAAAGCGCCAGUGAGAGACGCCUCAGCGAAAUGGACGCUCUGAGAUCUCAGAACGCCGACCUGAUGAAGAAACUUGAACUUUUGCAGAAGAGAUGUGACGACGGCGAUAAAGAGUGUGUGCAGCUGACCACGCUGAGCCAGACUCUGAAGCAGAGCUUGGAGGGAGAGUAUGUUCCCAGACAGCAGCACGAGCAAGUGAAGAUGGAGUUAAGUUCCACCUUAGAGAGUGUUAAAGCUGAGAGGUUGAAGUUGGAGACCAAGGGUCAAGAAAGUGGGGAAGAAUUGAAGAAUGUGAAAGAAAGAAAUGAAAAGUUAAAUGAAAAGUUGGAAAAAGUCCAGUUGGAGAUGAAAAAGGACUAUGUGAGCGUAAAAGACCACAAAGCUAUCGCAGACAAGUUGAAUGCUGCUGUGGUCGAGGCAGAGAAUAAAGCAAACGAACUGUCAGGAAGUUAUGUGUUGGCUCAGGAGGAAACAGUAAAGCUUACCCAAGAACUGGAAGCGCAGACGAAAGAACUUGAUACCAUACAGGAGGCAAUUAAGUCCAAGUUUAUUCCACUGACAGCAGCCGAGGAGAAGGAUCACUCUCACAGCGCUCAGGUGAAGGAGUUGACAGUGAAGCUGUCGGAGAUGGAAGAGAAGUACAACAGAGAAACGUCUGCAAGAGAGAGCAUCAAACAGGAGAACGGGAAACUAAAAGUCGAGAUUGAAUCUGUUCAACGGAGGCUAGACUCUGCUGUGGUUACCGGGGAGAAGCACAAGAAUGUGGAGGAGGAGUUCAAGAAUAAAUUUGAGGGAUUAACUCAGAAGUUGGUCAAGGUAGAGCAGCAGCACGAGGAGGUAACGCUUCAGAAAGAGGAUCUUCAAGAGCAGAACGCCCUCUGUAACGCUCAGAUCCAGAAUCUCCACGAGCGUCUGAAAUCGGAGUUGACUCGGAUUGCAACAUACGACACGGAGCUUAAAGUGCUCCAUGACGCCAUGCAGCAAUCCCAGGCCGACUGCAAGAAAGCAAGAGAGGCUCAGCAGGAGGAGGCCCACAGGGUUUGCGCCUUGCAGAAAGAAGUUCAGGAGCGCUGCGGGGAUCGGGCUUCUCUGCUGCAACAAACAGCCAAGGCCAAGGAUGCCCUGGAGGCUGAGGUCGCUAAGCUUCGUUUGGCUCUCCGUGAAGAGGAGGAGAACGGCGCCCAGAGGGCCGAAGAUGUGUCUGCCCUGCAAUCUGAGCUCCUUCAGGCCACACACGCUCACGCGGAAAUUAACUAUAAAGAAGACCAAAUGAGCCAGCUGAAGAAGGAGAAGCAGCAGCUGGAGGAGGAGGCUGCCAACAUGAGCAACAAGCUUCUGAGCUUAGCAGAAGAGGGCAAAGAGGCCCGUCGGGAGGCAGCGCAAGCGAGGGAGGGUGAGAGCCGAGCCCGGACAGAGAUGGAGGCUGUCCAGGAGAAGGGACGUGCCACCGAGAGAGAAAUCAGGGAGCUGAAGGAGAGAUACGAGGAGUCGCUCGCCACCAUCUGCGAUCUUCAAAGGGGGAUUCAGAAAUCAGCUCAGCAGACUGAAGCCAAAGACAAAAAGAUCACAGAGUUGCUGACAGAUGUUGAGCGAUUGAAGCAGGCACUAAACGGUCUGUCCCAGCUGGCAUACACAAGCAACGCGCCCAAUAAGAGACAGACGCAGCACAUCGAAACACUCCACACCCAGAUCAAGACCCUACAGCAACAGCUGGCUGAUGCUGAGAGGCAACACAGAGAGGUGGUUUCCAUUUAUCGGACUCAUCUUCUCAGUGCAGCACAGGGCCACAUGGACGAGGACGUGCAGGCCGCCUUACUGCAGAUCAUCCGCAUGAGGCAGGAGUUUGUGUGUUAAAGCUUCCUCUGACGAAAUGAAACGCUGCCUGCUGACUCAAAUUCACCAUUUUCACAUCUCCUACUACUGAGUUCACCUGCUGUGGCCCCUGUGGGUGCCGUGUGUGUGUGUGUGUGUGUGUGUGUGUGUGUGUGUUUGCUUGUUUGUCAUUUGGCAAAAUUUCCAAAACAGGCUUCUUCUUUUUUGGUGGUAUGGCUGCACUUUGCUUCCCAAAAAUCAAUGUCGUGGGUAAAAGUGAAUAACCGUAGAUCAAGAUACAAAUUAUUUCAACCUGCGUAUAUCCCAGCGAAUGAAAACUUUAAUUAAAAAGGUUAUUGUGUCAAACUGACCUGUGAAAUAGGGGUGUCACUUUACAGUUAUCUUGUUUCUCUGUCAUCUCGACUCCGACUCCGUCAGUUGCCAUAGUGUUGCAAAAAGUGCAUUUGCAGGCUACCAGUAAGUUACGCUGCACCAUCUUUCAAGUGUUUUUCUUCUUCUUUUUUUUUUUUUUUUGGAAGAGCGCAAGUAGGCGGAGGGAAUCGUUUGAAAUUUAAAAUUAUUUUCGAUCACGUUUUGAUCUAAAAUUGAAAUCGUGACAUCCUUACUGUGAAACCAUUUUGACUCAUUCGAUUUUUGACGUACGUGCAAGAACGUUUUUCACUUUCCGUACAUCUCUGUGGGAUCUGUUAUCCAUGACAAUGCAAAUCAGUGCACCGUUAUUGCCACUUUAACGGUGAUAUGGGGAGUUAUGUGACAUGUAGGACCCUUUCAUAGAUUACUCACUCUUGACAUGCUCGGCUGAAAUGUAAAAUGGACACGAACACAAAGACCACUCUUCACAUUCCCCCCCUGACGGUCGGCUCUCAUGCGGUUUGUUUUCCCGUUGGACAGCAUUGUUCGCUAGAAUUUGAGGGAUACGUUCACAUUUUUUUCAAGUGAACCUUAAAGGCAGAAUGAGUAGGAUUUUCCUAUAAAACAAUAUAGACUGACACAAAAUGAAUCCCUCUUAAUAAUCACUUAUGUUUACAAACUGCAAGCGACAAAUUCUACUCGUCGUGCCUUUUAAAGGAUAGUUUCACGAUGUUACAAGUCUGAACACUGAAAUAGGUCUUAUCUUCUGUAAACCUCCUAUUCAUACUGGACACUAAAAGAUCCCUGAAAAAACGUGUGAACCUAUCCUUUAAACCAGUACUCACCUGCUCAUACAUAAUGUAUAUAAGAAGCUGUAAAUAUCUCUUCAUAACACGAUUCAAAUGUAAGAGAUGUUGGCUCUUUGCAAAAACACAUUUCAAAGUUGAACCAUUACCCACAUGAUUUGACGAACUGUCUCACAGAAAGGACUGUGGAUUUUGUCCCACAUCUCUUACAUUAGAAUACUUUUUAUAAGGAAACCCCUCACAUGGACAGAAGGAUUGAUAAUGGCCUCCAAUAACUUUGAAUGCACAUGUUGGCAGAAUUGUUUUAAGACCGACUUAAAAGAAUGUGAACCUAUCCUUUGACUUUGUUCAUGUCAGCUACUUUCUCUUUACUCACUUUGUGGCUCAGUUAUCGUCUCCUGGAAGUCCAAACUAGCUCUCGUGUUUUCAGAAUAAUCCCAAAACCCGAAGAGUGUAAAAAAUCGUCCAAAUCUGUACUCGCCAUUUUUUUGCAAUAUGGUAGAUAGUACUAUAGAUUUGGGAGCCAUGUCACUCAUACAGCCUGUUUUAAUCUGGACGUGGUUUUUGCUGGAUUUGAGUCAUGGAGGGAGUGGAGAUCUCUUGCCAUGUCCUACAGUUUGCAGUGGCACGUCGUCCUUUUUGUUGAAACCAGAGUGUCCUCUAGUGGAGAGACUUGGCAGGCCAAGUUGAUAGAAGUUGUAAUAAUCAGCGUGGCCCAGGGGUAGGCAGCUGUUGCUUUAGGAAGCUGGACUAUCUGCAAAUGUGUUAAAUCUCACAGAUAACUGAGAGAAUAUGAAAUGUGAAUGUAACACUAAAUUGACAGAGCUUUAUCUCCUAAUAUCUAUUGCUUUGCAAUACUACAUUUAUACCAUACCUCGUUUUAAAGACAGCAUAUGUCCCAGUUGAAGCUUGACUUAAUACAAAACCCUGAUUUCUGCAGCAGUGAACUCUCCUAGAGCAAAGGCUUGCGUACCCCUGAGCCAGCUCUUUGUGACUCUUGAUGGUGUAGUGGUGUUGUGAUUGUUGAGCGAGUCUCCUAUGCCUUUACACUGAUAUAUUUUUCAUAGCUUUGUACUACUUUAAUUACUGUACUACAGUGUGAUAAUUCUGAUAUUCAGCGGGUCUGGAAGUAGAGCGGCACAAAACACGUUCAGGGUAACAUUUACUGUAGUGUGAUCCGAAUAGAGCAGAUCCCUCUUAUUUAUGUGGAUAAACAAAACCUCUUAACGGUUAUUUCUGUGACGCACUUCUGUCUUUACCUUCCAGCUUUACCAAGUUAAAAUUCUCGCUCUGUUUUUAUAUUUUGGUCAAAAACUCACACCAACAGAUGGUUUAGUAAAUACUUCUUGCAUUUUGUCAUGCAGAUGUUAUGAAUCAUUAUUUACUGUCUUCCAUCUACUGUUAACAUAGACUGUUAAUUGAAUCUAUAAACAACUAUACUGUGUACCAGUCUUUGUCUUUGACAAUAAUCUUUGUGUUUGUGACUCGGUAAUACAAAAUCAAUAAAAGUGCCUAACAUAGAAAACCACA